GCCUCUCUAGGCCCCGCCUUUGAUAUCGUUGGUGGGGCUUCGAGAUGAAAGCUUUACCGCGCGGGACUCCGAAUAGCUGGCUGCGUCCAACGGAGCAGUACCCACCCGGAACCGUAACUCUGAUUCCCGCCGUGACCUGCACCAAGGCACAUCUCUGCUCAGGCCUGUCGCCGUGGGUUCCGUAGCUGCAUCCCUGUGCCCGCGGGCGGAGGUCAAAGCGGCGAGGAGCAAGCAUGGAGCCAGAGAGGAUUGUUGGCACAGCCCUCCUUACCUUUGUGCAGGCACAUCUCCCAGAGGCUGAUGUCAGUGGCCUGGAUGAAGUCAUCUUCUCCUAUGUACUUGGGGUCCUGGAGGACCUGGGCCCCUCCGGCCCAUCUGAGGAGAACUUCGAUAUGGAGGCCUUCACUGAGAUGAUGGAGGCCUAUGUGCCUGGCUUUGCUCACAUCCCCAGGGGCACAGUAGGGGACAUGAUGCAGAAGCUCUCGGGGCAGCUGAGUGAUGCUAGGAACAAAGAAAACCUGCAGCCACAAAGCUCUUGUGUCCAAGGUCAGGUACCCAUCUCCCCAGAUCCCCUGCAGCCUCCUGAAAAGCUCAAAGAAGAGACCUGUUCUUCUGUAGCAGCCAGGGACACCCAAGACAAGGUUGUGGUAAAGGCAGCUGCCCCUGAGGAGUUGCUGCCAGGUGUAGAUGUGCUUCUGGAGGUGUUCCCCUCCUGCUCGGUGGAGCAGGCCCAGUGGGCGCUGGCCAAAGCUCGGGGGGACUUAGAAGAGGCAGUGCAGAUGCUGGUCGAGGGGAAGGAGGAGGGCCCGUCAGCCUGGGAUGGCCCCAGUCAGGAUCUGCCCCGGUGCCUUAGAGGUCCCCAAAAGGAUGAGUUGAAGUCUUUCAUCCUGCAAAAGUACAUGAUGGUGGACAGUGCAGAGGACCGGAAGACUCACCGGCCUGUGGCUCCCAAGGAGGCCCCCAAGAAGCUCAUCCGAUAUAUUGACAACCAGGUAGUCAGCACCAAAGGGGAACGAUUCAAAGAUGUGCGGAACCCUGAGGCUGAGGAGAUGAAGGCCACGUACAUCAACCUCAAACCAGCAAGAAAGUACCGCUUCCACUGAAGCACUCAGGACUCUGCCUGAGCCAGCUGGGCUUAGGCCCCCAGGGUGCAGGAGACCUAGUGAGCCCCAGGGCUCCCUUUCUGUCUCCUUCCUUCUCCAUCUGGUUCUCUACUUCCUUGCUCCAGCGUGUUAACUCACUCUUGGAGCUGUUCCUCAGGCAUAGUAAAGGUGGCCAAGGAAGG